ACUCGGUAUUUCACGUCUAAUAAUCUCACAAAGAACCGCUUUUUUCCCAAAGCACGUCAGUCAGCUGGAAACUCAGUGGCUGUGACAGAAAACCUUACAGUAAGACGCCAGAGGGCAUUUUGAAGCUGCUUUCUUUGUCGCCCCGCACCGGGGGGAAGAAGAGCCUCGGUUUAUCUCACAGGCGACAACCACCAUGAGCCAGAGGUUCACCGUCUCCAAGAGCGGCGGCGACCGGCGCCCCUCUGACAUCCAGGGGGAGGUGAACCAGCUGUUUGAGGGAGACGAGCCCUCAGCCUGCGGUGCUGCUGCUGCUGCUGCUGCUGGAGAAGCCGCUCCUGCUGAUGGCGAGGAUGUUGUGGUGGUGCUGAAAGGUGACAGUAACCCCAAAGAGAGCAGCCCCUUCAUCAACAGCAGUGAAGCUGCCGCUGAAAAGAGCCAGCAAUAUGAUGGCAAGAACAUGGCCUUGUUUGAGGAGGAGAUGGACACCAGUCCUAUGGUGUCGUCUCUUCUCAGCAGCCUGGCCAACUACUCCAACCUUCCCCAAGGCUGCAAGGAGCACGAGGAGGCUGAGAACAAUGAGGCAGAGUCAGCGCGCAAGAAACCCGUCAAGGCCCCUCAGCUUGGCACCCUGAUGGGCGUCUACCUGCCCUGCAUCCAGAACAUUUUCGGAGUGAUCCUUUUCCUCAGGAUGACCUGGCUGGUUGGAAUCGGAGGCGUCAUCGGGACCUUCAUCAUCGUCUUCAUGUGUUGUACCACUACGAUGCUGACUGCCAUCUCGAUGAGUGCCGUCGCUACCAAUGGAGUAGUGCCAGCUGGGGGCUCCUACUACAUGAUUUCCCGUUCAUUGGGCCCCGAGUUUGGUGGAGCGGUGGGGAUCUGCUUCUACCUGGGAACCACCUACGCUGGAGCCAUGUACAUCCUGGGAGCCAUUGAGCUGCUCUUGAUCUACAUAGCUCCCAAAGCAGCCAUCUUCCCCUUGGAGGGCCUCGAGGGUGCCGAGGCGGAAGCCGCCCUGCUGAACAACAUGCGCGUGUAUGGGACCAUCCUGCUGACCUCCAUGGCCACUGUGGUAUUUGUUGGCGUCAAGUACGUGAACAAGCUGGCCCUGGUGUUUCUGGCCUGCGUCAUCGUCUCCAUACUGGCCGUCUACGCCGGAGUCAUCAAGACCGGCAUCGAACCGCCUGAAUUCCCCGUUUGUAUAUUGGGGAAUCGCACUUUGGUGUGGAAGAACUUUGACGUUUGUGCCAAAACCAUUGAGACCGCUAAUGGGACAGUCACCACCCAGCUGUGGCGCAUAUUCUGUGACUCACCUUUCCUCAACGCUACCUGCGACAAAUAUUUCUUGGCCAACAACGUGACUCAGAUCCAGGGAAUUCCCGGGAUUACCAGUGGAGUCCUGUCAGACAACCUGUUUGGGACCUACUAUGAGAAGGGGGAUCUGAUUGCUAAGCCGAUCCUGGAGUCAGUGGAGGACCAUGAUGACCCUCUGACCAACGCUAACCGCUACGUGUUAGCUGACAUCACCAGCUUCUUCACUCUGCUGGUUGGCAUUUACUUCCCAUCAGUGACAGGAAUCAUGGCUGGAUCCAACCGCUCCGGCGAUCUGCGUGAUGCCCAGAAGUCGAUCCCCAUUGGAACCAUUGCAGCCAUCACAACCACCUCCACUGUCUACAUGUCCAGUGUGAUUCUGUUUGGUGCCUGCAUUGAGGGGGUGGUCCUCAGGGACAAGUUCGGAGAGGGCGUGCACGGGAACUUGGUCAUCGGGACGCUGGCCUGGCCGUCACCAUGGGUGAUCGUGGUUGGCUCUUUCUUUUCCACUUGCGGGGCAGGGCUCCAGAGCCUGACGGGAGCUCCCCGUCUUCUGCAGGCCAUCGCCAAGGAUGGCAUUGUGCCCGCCCUUCGGAUCUUUGGCCACGGAAAGGCUAAUGGAGAACCGACAUGGUCCCUCCUGCUGACAGCUUGUAUCUGUGAAAGCGGGAUCCUCAUUGCCUCCCUGGAUUCUGUGGCUCCCAUCCUCUCCAUGUUUUUCCUGAUGUGCUAUAUGUUUGUGAAUCUGGCCUGCGCCCUCCAGACACUCCUCAGGACUCCAAACUGGAGGCCCCGCUUCAAGUUCUAUCACUGGGCUCUGUCCUUCCUUGGGAUGAGCUUGUGUCUCACUCUCAUGUUCCUCUGCUCCUGGUACUACGCCAUAGUGGCCAUGGGCAUCGCCGGCUCUAUCUACAAAUACAUUGAGUUUGCAGGUGCGGAGAAAGAAUGGGGUGAUGGGAUACGAGGUCUGUCUCUGAGCGCUGCACGAUACGCUCUCAUGCGCCUUGAGGAAGGCCAGCCACACACCAAGAACUGGAGACCUCAGCUGCUGGUGCUGGUGAGCACAGAUGCAGAGCAGAAUGUGGAGCAGCCUCGUCUGCUGUCUCUCACCAACCAGCUGAAGGCAGGCAAAGGUCUCACCAUCGUCGGGACGGCCCUGGAGGGCACCUACCUGGCGAACUACGAGCAGGCUCAGCGUGCAGAUCAGGCUCUGCGCAAAUUAAUGGAGACUGAGAAGGUGAAGGGCUUCUGUCAGGUGACCGUCUCCUCAAACCUCCGUGAUGCUACAUCCCAUCUGCUGCAGGCCAGCGGGCUGGGAGGCCUGAAACACAAUGCUGUGCUGGUCUCCUGGCCACGCAACUGGAAGCAAGGAGACGAGCACCAAACCUGGAGGAACUUCAUUGAGCUGGUCAGAGAAACCACCAUUGCCCGCCUCGCUCUCCUGGUACCAAAGAACAUUUCAGCAUUCCCGUCCAACAGCGAACGCUUUACUGAGGGUCACAUCGAUGUGUGGUGGAUCGUCCAUGAUGGAGGCAUGUUGAUGCUGCUGCCCUUCCUGCUCCGCCAACAUAAGGUCUGGAGGAAGUGCAAGAUGCGCAUCUUCACUGUGGCCCAGAUGGACGACAACAGCAUCCAGAUGAAGAAGGACCUGACUACGUUCCUGUAUCACCUCCGCAUUGAUGCUAUGGUGGAAGUAGUUGAAAUGCAUGACAGUGACAUCUCAGCCUACACGUACGAGAAGACGCUGGUGAUGGAACAACGCUCUCAGAUGCUGAAACAGAUCAACCUGACCAAGACCGAGCGCGAGAGGGAGAUCCAGAGCAUCACCGAUUCCUCCCGCGGAUCUAUCCGCCGUAAGAACCCGGCCGCCGUGACCACCCAGCUGAGUGUGACCGAAGAGCCGCCCGCCACCAGCAAAGAGGAGAAACCUGAAGAAGAGUCAAAGUCGGCCUCUUCCCCUGUAUCCCCCCCUGCUCAGGUCCAGCUCAUCCAUGACAACACCACCCCAGCCAGUCCCGCCACCCCAGCGACCCCGCUGACCCCCGGAGAGGAGGCUCAGAGUCCCGGGGAGCAGAUCCAGAGGACCUGGACAGAAAAGUGUGACGGUGAAGCAGCCAAGCCUCUCGGAGUGACCACACAUGAUGACAUCAAGGACAUCUUCAACAUGAAGCCAGAGUGGGAGAACCUGAACCAAUCUAACGUGCGGCGCAUGCACACAGCGCUCCGGCUGAAUGAAGUCAUCCUUAAAAAGUCCUCAGAGGCCAAACUAGUUCUCCUGAACAUGCCAGGGGCACCCAAGAACCGGACAGGUGAUGAGAACUACAUGGAAUUCCUUGAGGUCCUCACCGAUGGUCUAAACCGGGUCCUUCUGGUUCGCGGAGGCGGCCGUGAGGUCAUCACCAUCUAUUCCUGAAAGAGCAGCACCCCCGGCCCCUCUACAUUCCCCUUCCUCUGUUCCAGCUGUACUCUCACCUCUUCAUCAGCAUUGCUUCAUUAUGAGGUCCUGUUUAUUUCUGUGCUGUAGUGCUCUCACACCCAACAAAUAGCCCCACUCAGCUUCAGCGCCUCUCCCUCUGCUCUACCCACAGACAGAUGAAUCCAAAACCUUCCCUCUGCAAAACUCUGAAAAAGAAAGCAUUCAUAUUUCCAUUUAAUCCAGUCUAACUCGGUUGGGAUGAGGUGUUGGCGAGUGCGGGUUCUUCGCUGAAGUGUGAAAACCCCUGCAUGAAUAUGUCUGUUAUUGCUUUAAUCUCUGUGUUUUUAUUUUAUUUAUUUUGUUGUCUUUCUGAACACAAGAGUGGGACAGACAUGGCUUCUAAUCGCCACAAGUGUUAUCUGGCUGAAAUGAGAUCAUUGUAGGAUUAGAUCUCUUGAGUUCCCUUGUGGUGAUUGGACUCUUCCGGCAGCCUUUUUCAUGACGGACUCUGAAGCCCGCAGUCAGGACCACCAGCUGGAGGACGGAGGAGAGUACAGCUGGGGAAGUAUGAACUGUGAAACUCACUUAUAUCCAGGAGACUAAAAAGCGGCUCUACUCUGCAGUCUUAUCUUUAACCUGCUCACUCUUUAGCAUGACAUUUUCAUCCGCUGUGUAUGGUUUUACUCCACUUGUUCUGUUACUGUCACCACUUUCUUUCCCUCUCUACCCCUCCUCCCCCAAGACUUAUUUCUGCUCAUUUCUAAGUGGCUGUUUUAUCUUUGUGGCCACUGUUUGUGCCAAAAAAAAAAAGUACAAGGCUAGCUUGUUGAGAUUGACACGUAAUUAAACUGUGAAUAUAGUCUCCUAGCAGAAGGCUGGGGUCCCAGCAAAGUGGGGAGACAGUUACAAAGCCCCCCCCACCUGGAGGAGGAUGUUAUCGUCGCCAGCACCUCUCGAACCCUUGUGUGAUUCACUGUAAAUAAUGUACAAGCUCUGAUGCGUUGUUCAGUAUGAGUGUAGUAUUUUGUGACCAACUGAGAAGCUUCUAAGUGGAGAGAAAAAGGCUCCUUCGCUCAGAAAGAACACUGAAAAAUGCUGUUUUUAAAAAAAAAUUAUUUAUUUAUUUUAUUGUAUCUAUUUAUUGGCUCCCAUUACUGCGGUAAACGUCAUUGCUAGGAAAAGCACCUGCACUCUUCACCACUGUGCGACAAGUGAGAUUUUGAUGCUUUUAAAGGAAAAAAAAAAUCACUAAAUGUUAUUUUUUCAUCUAGAGAAAUAUUUAUGUCACUUUGAUUGUCAGAGAUAUAUCAUCUGUUUUGCCAAAUUCUUAUACAUUAAUGUGCCAAAUCAAAGUAUUUUUCAGAGAAAUAGUGAAGAAAACUAUUUUAAAUUCCACUAUAUGAGACAAAGUGUUGUAAAAAAGUGAAAAUAGUAAAGAUACUCUAGUUUGAAAGUGGCCCUGUAGAUAAAUAAAGACUGAAUGUUCAGUCAUAGUUAAAAAAGAAAAAAAAAAACCUGCUCAAUCAAAUCAAUCUGGAAAUGCUGAACAUCUGUUAGCUAUUUCUUUAUAGGGUUUUAUAAAGAGACUAAGAAUGGAGGACAAUGGUUUCUGUAGCUCCGAAACUCACUUUGUCCACAAGAAGGAACUCUAUGCAGUAGAUUCUCCAGUCAGAUUUUAUAUCCCCGAGAUUGAAGAUCUGAGCCACAUGUUUCCCCACAUCUGAACGACUCGAGAGCAAAUUUGAAGAACAAAAGUGCAUUUUGGAAGGAAUGUGCAAUAGUUGCAAAUCUGGACUCACGUGAUCAUGUUAUUUAUUUUUUUACACAUAAUAUUUUGUAUAUGUAGAUUUCGUAAGUCUCGUACGAUCCAGAAUCAUCUCACUCUGACCAAGGACUUCUGUCACUUUACUUUUAUUAUUCCUGUUUCUUUUCUUUAAAGAAACUAUUUUUAGUCAUUUGCACUUGUAGUAGAAGUAUAAAUAUAAAUUCGUAUAUAUACAUAGUAUAUAUAAAUAUAAAUAUAUAUAUAUAAAUAUAUAUAUAUACAUAGUAUAGGGAAGCAAAACAAAUUAGCUUAUAGAACUAUUUAAAAAUGUUAUUUAACGUUUUUAGUGUUGCUUGAAUGUCUGAUCAUAUGUUGUGAAUGCUGCUAGUAUCUAUAGAUUUAUUUGUACUGUAAAUAGAGAUGAAUCAACUCUAAAGACGACGUGAAAAAGGGUAUAGACAUACAUAUCAGUGCUGCUGGUGGUUAUCUAACAACACGAGGCUGUACCUGUACGUGUUUGGCCUGUGACCUCUGGACAGGGUUCUGUUUUAAUAGAAAUACUACAAUGAAUAACUUGAUGCAAUAUUCCAUAAGUGAGAGUAAACCAUUUCCCUGACUUUCUCACUGCUCUAUUUAUGAUAAUUAUAUUUUAUCCCUCAGACAAGUGAGGCAUCUUGAAGGUAAAAGAACUGGAGUUUUAAUGUUUAAAUUUAAGGAUUUCUGAUGUAUUUGAUAAAUUGUAAACUUUUGACACCUGCUAUAUUAUUU